AACAUCAAUCUCAACUCAGCUACAGCAAAAAUGUCGCGCUCAUUCCUCAUGGACUCACUGCUCAGCGAUAUGCCAUCGAACAAGGAAUCAAUUGGUUCUCCAACUGCAGCCAGUGCCACAGCCGCCGCCGCUGUGGCUGCCACAGCCGCAGCAGCUGCCAUGCUGCCGGGCAUUCCCAUGUUGCCGUAUCCAGCCAGCUAUGUGGGCAGCUACCUCUUCUCUCUGGGUAUCCAGCAACAGCAGCAGCAACAACAACAGCAACAGCAGCAUCAACAACAGCAACAAGCAGCGGCUGCAGCUGCUGCCGCCGUACUCCAACAGCCACACGCCUCCCUCUACCAUCCUUAUGCCCAAUUCUUCGCAACGAAGCGCAAAUCGAGCAGCCUGAUCAACUAUGAGGAUUGCUAUCCAUCGCCGCCACUCUCUGCCAAUGCCAUUGCACAUGGCGUGAGUGCACAGCUGCCAUUGCCGGCAAUGCCAUCGUCAGCUGUCUACGGUCUGCCGCUUCCCGAUGCCGGUGCCUUCUGCACUUCACCGUCGGCAUCUUCCAGCGCCUCGUUGGACUUCGCCAAUCCUGAUGAGCCGCAAGGCAAACGCUUCAAACACGAAUCCUCCUGCUCGCCAGCCAGUUCACCCAUCAAAACACAUGCGACUCCCGCCGUGGACAUUACACCGCUGAUCAAUGACUAUGCCGACUCCAGCAAACGCAUUCGCACCGCCUUCACCAGCACUCAACUCUUGGAGCUGGAGCGUGAGUUCUCGCACAAUGCGUAUUUGUCCCGUCUUCGCAGAAUCGAGAUUGCCAAUCGGCUGCGUCUGUCGGAGAAGCAGGUGAAGAUCUGGUUCCAGAACCGUCGCGUCAAGCAGAAGAAGGGCGGCUCCGAGAGUCCCACUUUCAAUCUCUCAGCCAACUCUACCAGCCCACAGACUUCACCAACGACCAAGAUCAGUGCGUAG